AAUUGUUAUGAACGCUGUUUAUUUAAAAUUUCAUGAAGAAUAUUUUCAGACAUAUGUUGAUCAUUUUAAUUACACUAACAAUCAAAAAUUCAAUUUAAGAUAUUUAAUUAAUGAUGAAUACUGGGACAACAAAGAGGGACCUUUAUUUUUAUAUACUGGUAAUGAAGGUGAUAUUGAAUUAUUUUCAGAUAAUACACGCUUUAUAUGGGACCUUACUUACAAAUUCAAAGCUCUCUUGAUAUAUGCUGAACAUAGAUAUUAUGGUAAAUCUUUGCCCUUUGGACCCAACAAUUCAUUUAUAAAAGAAAAUAUGAUCUAUCUUACAUCAGAACACGCUUUAAAUGAUUUUGCCCUUUUAAUUCAUUAUUAUAAAGAGGAUGUGAUGAAAAAUGAGAAUUUAAAAGUCAUAUGUUUUGGUGGGUCAUAUGGAGGCAUGCUUGCAGCAUGGAUUCGAAUGAAAUUUCCAAAUUUAGUUACAGGAUCAAUAGCUGCAUCAGCUCCACUAUUAUACUUUUAUCAAAUGUCACCUUGUGAUACUUUUGUUAAAAUUGUUAGUCAAAAUUUUAAAAAUGAGUCUGAUUACUGUUUUAAUAAUAUUAAAAAAUCUUGGGAAAUAAUUAAUAAUUAUUUUAAAUUCAAUGACACUAAAAAAUUAGCUAUCAUAAAAAAUAUUUUUGAAAUCUGUAACAUUUCACAACUUAAUUUUUAUGAUAAGGAAAUAUUUAAAUCAUGGAUCCAAGAUGCAUUCAUUUCAAUGACAAUGGCGAAUUAUCCAUACCCUGCUAACUUUUUAGGAUCCAUGCCAGCUUGGCCUGUUAAAGAGGCAUGCAAAUUUUUAAAUAAAUCUUACAAUGGUUAUGAUUUAAUAAGCAACAAUACAGAUAUAUUAUUAUUAAAGGCACUUUAUCAAGCUAUAUCAAUAUAUUCAAACUACACUGGCUCAACUAAAUGCAAUUUAAUCAAUUCUGAUACUUCCAAUGAUUCUUUUAAUUUGUUCAAAAAAAUUUUUUUGGGAAAACCAAAUUUAAAAAUUGGGCAACUUUUUAAGCUUAAUGAAUUUCAGGCAUCACCUGCUUUAGGUUAUAACAAUUGGCUUUAUCAAAGUUGUGAAGAAAUGGUUAUGCCCUUUUGUUCCUCAAAAUCAAAUAUAAAUCAUAAUUUAAUGGAUAGUAGUAGCAUGUUUGAACCAUCAAUAUGGAAUUUUACAGCCUAUUCAUUAAAUUGCCAAUCAGCAUUUGGGAUCAUACCUAGACCAUAUUGGUUAUCAUUGUAUUAUGCUGGUUCAAAAGAUAAAAAUCAAAAUAUCUCUAUUAUUGCAUCGAGUAACAUCAUAUUUUCAAAUGGACUGCUAGAUCCUUGGUCAGGUGGAGGUAUAUAUGAAAAUGACACUCACAAGGAUAUCAUAUCAAUAGUUAUACCAGAAGGGGCUCAUCAUUUAGAUCUAAGGGAGCCAAAUCCAUUAGACCCAGUAUCUGUAAUAAAUGCAAGACUCAUUGAACAACAAUAUAUUCAAAAGUGGCUAGCAACAUCUAAAAAUUACAAUUCAUAAUUUUAUAUGAUAAUCAACAAUGAAAUCUAUCGAAAACCAUAAUAUAUUUUUAUAGUUUAUUAAUAUAAAAUUAAUGCAAUUUAUAUUAUGGCAUAUGAUUUAUAAAUAUAUCACUAUUGUAUAAAAUGCCAACUUUAUAUUUUAAUAAUUAAUUUAUUACAUUAU